AGUCUCGCGUCGCUGCCGGAAUUCCGUUUAGUACAUUAAUAUUAUAUUAUUAUUAUUAUUAUAAUGGACGGCCGUCGUCGUCGCGUGUCGCGCUCGUUGUUCCGUUUUUACAACGCGUUCGCCCUGGCCACGGUGUUGGCCGCCACCGGAUGCGGCGGUGGCGACGUUGGAGGAGUUCCGGUCGCCGCCGAUUCGCAAUGUCCGGGCGACGGAUGUGCCGCGGUUCGGUGUCCCGUCCGCCACCGGGACGACGCUUGUCCGCUGGGUCUGGUGCCGGACGCGUGCGCCUGCUGUCCGUACGGCGUGUGCGGCUUGGGCGAAGCGGCCGCGUGCAACACUGCGGACCGGCCGUGCGCCGACGGCUUGGAGUGCGUCAAGACGGAAGAUGUCGGCGGCGGCGUGCAGUACCGGUGCGCGUGCAAGGAGACGGAUCCGGUGUGCGGGUCGGACAAUAGGACGUACUCGAACAUGUGUCAGCUGAACGAGGCGGCCGCGGAGCUUGGCCACAACGCGACGCAACUCAGGAUCCAAUACCGGGGACCGUGUCAGUCGGCCCCUUUCAUUAGGUCAGCACCCAAGAACUUGGCUGGUUCCGUCGGGCAUACUGUGGUGUUUGAUUGUGAAGUCAAUGGAUAUCCUGUGCCUAGCAUUAGCUGGCGUUUUACGGAUACAUACGGAAUCACAAAAUGGUUGCCAGGCGACGAUACACUAAUAGCGAUACAAACCAGAGGUGGGCCAGACCGUUUUACUGUCACCUCGUGGGUACAAAUCAUGGAAUUCAAACCCACCGUGCACACGGGAAAUUAUACAUGUCUGGGCUCUAAUUCGGCGGACGUGGUUACGGCUUCGGCUUUGUUGGACGUCCGAAAGAUGGUUUAGAUGCGAACAAUACGUCUCGUUACAAAAGUUUGCUUGAAUUUUUUUUUUACUAUAUACAUUAUACACGUAGGUCUAUAUUGUUUUGAUUAUUUUUUUUCGAUGUAUAAUAUAAUUUUUGUGACUCAAAAGCUUGAAGCUGUAUUGUUUGCAAUAGGUUCCAGUGUUCCACAUUCCACAGUAGUUGUUCUUGAUUCAAAAAUAUCAAAUAUUUAUAUUUUGUCACAACUUUAUUUUUAAACCAGGCUAAAAUGUUUAAUUAAAUAUUUUAUAGCAUAAUUAUGCGUAUAGGAAACAGCUACAUUUAGGUAAGCUGGAUCCAAUUUAUUUUUAUUUUAAUAAUUAAUUAUUUAAGAUUUUUCAGAGAACAGUUAGUAUACGUAGAUAGAAUGAAUUCCAUUAUUAUUAUCUACCUUCCGAGAAUUUUAAAGUGUCAUCAUUGGGUGGCUUCUUUACUCACUUUUUGUAUUUUGUAUACUCAUGUUAUCUGUACCUUAUCAUAUAUGCUUAUUAUAUCAUCUGAUAUAGAUUGUAUAUUUCGACUUAAAAUAAAAAAAAAACCUCCCGAGAA